CUCCCUUUCCUCUCCACCUCUCUCUCUCUCUCUCUCUCUCUCUCUCUCUCUCUCUCUCUCCUGUCCCCGUCCCCUUCUUCCUCCUCCUCUUACCUCCACCCUCUGAAUAAUCCUCUCUCUUACAUGUGAUCAUGCUUAGGCUGAGAAGAUAUAGCCAGGCAAGGUGCUACUGUCCUCUUGGCAGGAGUAACUGAGGUGACGACCGAGAGAUGGACGACGGUGCAACGGCAACCGCAGGAGGAGGAGGAGGAGCAAGCAGCGGCGGCCACCACCUCAUCGGAUCGAGGAUUGAGGAGCACCGCAAGUACAUGUCGGAGUCGAGCUGCUGCCCCAGGUGCGGCUACAAGAUCGACCAGAAGCUGGAUUGGGUGGGGCUGCCGGCUGGGGUGAAAUUCGACCCGACGGAUCAGGAACUGAUCGAGCAUCUGGAGGCGAAAGUCCAGUCCGGCGGCACGGGGGCGGCGGCUGCCCCGUCUCACCCUCUCAUCGACGAAUUCAUACCCACCAUUGAGGGGGAGGAUGGCAUCUGUUACACCCACCCAGAGAAACUGCCAGGUGUGUCCAAGGACGGUCUGAGCAGGCACUUCUUCCACCGGCCGUCCAAGGCUUACACCACCGGCACCCGCAAGCGCCGCAAGAUCCAGCCGCCGGCGACCGUGGACGCUUCUACUCUCUCCUCCGCCGGAUCAGCGGCUGCGGGUGCAGCACACCAGCAGCAGCAACAGCAGCAGCGGAGUGAGACGCGGUGGCACAAGACUGGCAAGACGCGGCCGGUGGCUGUGGGCGGCCGACAGAGGGGGUGCAAGAAGAUUUUGGUGCUCUACACCAACUUCGGCAAGCACCGGAAGCCCGAGAAAACCAACUGGGUGAUGCACCAGUAUCACCUCGGUGAGUCUGAGGAAGAGCGCGAGGGCGAGCUCGUUGUCUCUAAGAUCUUCUACCAGACGCAGCCGAGGCAGUGCGGCAUUGGGGAUGGAGCCUCGGCAUCAGUACCAUCUAGCACUGGCAGGUCCGCCGUGGAGAGGAGGAGGGUCGGCAGUGCGGGCACAUCACCGGUGGUACGCAUGACCCCGUCGGACAUGGUCAACGCCGCAUUCCAGGGCACCACACGCAUCCAGGACUUUAGCUUCGCGCAGUUCAGAAGCACCGUUGAGGAGGUGGGAAUGGGAGGAUCAGAUCACCAAGUGGUGCAAGUUAGGGCUGACGAGGGAGUGCUGCAUCGUCCUGCAGCGCUUCACCAUCAGCACCACCAGCACCACCACCAGCAGCAGCAUCACGUCGUGGACGAGCAUGAUCACCGGCGCCACCACCACCACUACGCCGGCCUCCAGCAGGAGCACCACCGCUCGUCGACAGCGGCGUUCCAUGUAAGCACGCCGACGGACCCCAUUGCCACGCUGAUUGCGGCGCCGCCGGUCCACCAGGGCUCGGUUGUGCUUACGGCGCCGACAGCGGAGCCCUACGGUCAUGGGGCACCCAGCUACCAUAAUCAGGAGGAUGAGCGGCCACACCAAACGCGAAAGUUCGAUGGACGGUCGACUUCUGGCCUCGAAGAGGUGAUCAUGGGAUGUACAUCGAGGAGGUCCAAAGGAGGAGAAACAUCAGGGAGCAAGGAGGGCACAGAGUGGCAGUACCCAUCCUUCUGGCCUUCUGACAACCAGGAUCAUCAUGGGUGAAAGAGCAACACAUCUGCCAUGCACCGUAGGCAUUAGCCGGUCUUGGAGAGGUAUCCAAAGCCGAGCCCAAACAUCAUUACUGCCAUGAUAGGAUCAGCAUACAUUUAACCAAUCGUCUACAAGACCAAAAAGCACAGGUAUAGCAGCAUAGGAGGAGUGGCUUCCAAGAAACACCCAAAAGGCAAAGUGUCCAACAAAAUCAAACCCCAGCUUUUACCCCCCCCCCCCUCCCUCUCUAGAUUUACCUUUCUCUUCUCCCAAUGGGUCUAGAUAGAGGGAUGGAAGUUUCAUCUGAGUGCAUAAAUUCGAAUGUCUAAAGAGACAAAGAUGAUAUUUGAGCAAAAGCAAAAGGGGAAACAGAAAAAAGAAAAAGAAGAGUACAUAAAACAAAGGUCAUGACAUCAUAAGAGAAGGUCAGUUCACCGUCGGCUGUGGUUGCUCACGCUGAUCAAUGCAAAUCAUUGUGGCAAUCAUCGUUUAUCGUGAUCUUUUCGGUCAAUUGUCAGCCUAUUAGUAUUGAAUAAUCAGGAGUAUACCAUACAUUUUUUCUUGCUUUCUGAUUCUAUUGCUUCAUUGGUUAAUUACUGUGUACACCAAUUUACUUUUACUUUUUGACACAUGUCUGAGCAAAGAAGCUAACAUUUGGGAAAAGAAGGAAAUGAUACCUUUGUAAAGCUGGUAUAUGCCCUGUUGAAUUGGUCCAUUUGUUUACAUGUAAGAUUAUUUAAUAGUUUUGCGAGAUACA